UGGUAAGGCCUGGUCUGAUGACACUAGCCAGUUAGGACCAGACAAGCAUGCCCGGGAUGUCCCAUCUCUAGACAAAUAUGCUGAAGAGAGGUGGGAGGUCAUCUUGGACUUUAUGGUAGGCUCGCCUAGUGCAGCAGUGAGCCAAGAUUUAGCUCAGCUGCUCAUUGAAGCUGGCCUGAUGAAGAGUGAACCUGGUGAACCACCUUGCAUUACAUCUUCUGGCUUCCAGUUCCUGUUACUGGAUACCUCAUCUCAGCUCUGGUACUUCAUGCUACAGUAUCUCCAGUCAGCUGAGACCCGGGGCAUGGACCUGGUGGAGAUUCUUUCCUUCCUCUUUCAGCUCAGCUUUUCCACUCUUGGCAAGGAUUAUUCUGUGGAAGGCAUGAGUGAAUCUUUGUUAAACUUUCUUCAACAUCUACGAGAGUUUGGUCUAGUCUUUCAGAGAAAGAGGAAAUCCAGGCGUUACUACCCC